ACACCCUUACUUACCUAACCUGCUUCUCUUGGUGAUAGAGGAAACAACUCGAAUUACCGAUUUCUGCGAUUCUUGUGGCCACGUUCAUUCCCCUCACCGCUGCUCUAUUUCCAUUGAACCAAGCACAACGUGCAUACCCCCACCUUUCAUCGCAUUUUCCACGGCUCUAUGAGACUCCAACCCCCCAGUUCAGUGAGACACUUUUCCCGCUCGUCAAUCUGCCGUUUACAGCCUAAUGAGGUGCCAGUAGAUCCUUAUAGGGCCCACAUCCACACGCCGCCCUCGUCACCGUUCCACUACAAACGGUUCCGCACACUAAACGACCUUCCGUCGGUCGAUUUCGCGUCCAACCAGCACAUUCCCGCGGGAAACGAACAAGCCCUAUCGGCGACCCUCAGCCAGUUUAACGCACCUAUCAGAUAUGCCUUGGGAUACGGCAGUGGGGUGUUUGAACAGGCGGGUUACUCGGCGUCGGACAAGAAGCCCCAGAUUGACAUGAUCUUUGCGGUGACGUAUCCCAGCCACUUCCACCUGCUCAACCUUAACCAGUUUGCCGAGCACUACUCGGGCUUGCGUGUGUGUGGCUCCGACAUGGUUGCAUGGAUCCAGGAGACGGCCGCGGGCAUGUACUUCAACCCGUUUGUGGAGAUGAACAGCCAGGUGAUCAAGUAUGGGGUCGUUAGCGUGGAGCGCGUAUGCCUGGAUUUGGAGAACUGGGACAGCUUGUACAUUGCUGGACGCUUGCAUAAGCCGGUGAAGGUGUUGCGGGACGACCCACGCAUCCGCUUUGUCAACCAGUUUAACCUCCGGAGUGUGAUUAACCUCUCGAUGAUGUUGAAUAGCAAGAAGAAGGCGUUCACGGAAGGUGAUUUGUACCGCACCAUUACUGGUAUUUCGUACAAGGGUGACCCCAGAGUGAGACUCGGCGGAGAGAACCCCAAUAAAAUCGGGAACAUUGUCUCUGGACAAUACGAGAACUUCAGGUUGUUGUACAGUCCGUUGCUCUUGGACGCUUCUAGUAACCAAUCAUUGCAGAUUGUGAAUGAGGUGGAUACUGCCGUUUCGGGAGCGAAGGAAUACCACUUUGAGCAGAAUGAGGACCCCAAGGCCCGCGCCUUGUUGCUCCAGACAUUGCCGCUUUCCUUCCGCCGCCGCCUAUACGCGCUCUACGCCUCCAAAUACGGUGCCGAGUUGGCUGCCGAUGAGAUUGCUCAGCGAGUGUUGCUGCUCACAUCUACAAGCUCUACUACUACAUAUACCGCAGACAGCUGCUCGGGGUUCGCGUUGGCGAUCGCCCAGGACAAGAACUUGGUCAAGGCGUUGAACAAGGCGAUUAUUAGCACCGUCUCCGGCCCAGCGCUCGGGCAGAUGGUGAAGGGUAUUGUGAGUGCGGGAAUCGUCAGAAGCGCGAAGUACGCAUGGGACAAGAAGGUCAAGAACUGGCAGGCCAAAAAAGCGUAGACGUAUUGCUUAGAUGGGAAAAUACAGUAUAGGUAAUUAGUUCUAAGGCUGUAGACCGUUGUAAAAUCAGCUUGAGUGGAGGGUAAACAUUUGGUUGCAGUUCGGUGUACACAGCAUAUGCGGGGAUACACGGUAUCGCGGGUUUCCAGCUAAAAGAGAGUGCGACUAGUUUAGUAUCUUUUCGAAAGAAUUAGGUCCGAGUUCCAUAUAAGGCUAACUAGGUCUGGAUUGGUCUGAGGCUGCGCAUGAUCUCAGUCUG